CCUCCUUCAACCAAUGGCAUUAUAAAUACAGGACACACACAAAGCCGUAGCAGUUGAUAGGAUGGAGUCGGGGUGGGUCUUGUGUGCUGUUGUAUUUGCGUUGACCUGCAUGGGAAAAGGUGGCCAUUCACAGGCAAAUGUGUGUGGCAUUGCUUCUCUCAACACAAAGAUUGUUGGGGGUCAGGCUGCAGCUGCAGGUAGCUGGCCAUGGCAGGCCAGUCUGCACAACUCCAACAGCCAUUUUUGUGGAGGCUCCCUUAUCAACAAAGAGUGGGUGCUGACUGCCGCUCACUGCUUCCCCAGCACCAGCACGUCCGGCCUGCUUGUCUACCUGGGCCGGCAGAAUCAGCAAAGCAUCAACUCCAACGAGGUAUCCCAAACGGUCUCUCAGAUCAUCUGCAACCCGAACUACAACAGUGCAACCAGCGACAAUGACAUAUGUUUGCUGAAGCUCUCAUCACCUGUCACCUUCACUGACUACAUCCAGCCGGUCUGCCUGGCAGCAGUGGACAGCACCUACUACGCUGGCACUGAUAGCUGGGUCACCGGAUGGGGCGAUAUCAAUAGUGGUGUGCCCCUUCCCUCACCUGGGACCCUACAGGAGGUGACUGUGCCGGUAGUGGGGAACAGGGAGUGUAGCUGUCUCUAUGCUGGAUUUAGUUCAAUCACAAACAACAUGAUCUGUGCUGGUCUACUGAGUGGAGGAAAAGAUUCCUGUCAGGGAGACUCUGGGGGGCCAAUGGUGAGCAAACAGGGUCUGGUCUGGAUCCAGUCUGGGGUUGUGAGUUUUGGACAAGGCUGUGCCGAAGCAAAUUUCCCAGGAGUGUACACCAGAGUGUCCCAGUACCAGACCUGGAUCAACAGCCAGAUCAGCACUGACAUGCCAGGCUUCGUCACCUUCUCCUCCAGUGGGACUGACUCUGAUCUCAAUGUCACCUGUAAUGCACUGUCCAGUGGGGCCACACUCUUCUCCCUCUCUCCUAUUCUCAUCUCUCUCUCUCUUCUAAUAGAGCACACACUAAAAGUGGAUAUACAGGACACACACAAAGCCGUAGCAGUUGAUAGGAUGGAGUCGGGGUGGGUCUUGUGUGCUGUUGUAUUUGCGUUGACCUGCAUGGGAAAAGGUGGCCAUUCACAGGCAAAUGUCUCAAUUCUUUUCAUUCUCAGCACCAGCACGUCCGGCCUGCUUGUCUACCUGGGCCGGCAGAAUCAGCAAAGCAUCAACUCCAACGAGGUAUCCCAAACGGUCUCUCAGAUCAUCUGCAACCCGAACUACAACAGUGCAACCAGCGACAAUGACAUAUGUUUGCUGAAGCUCUCAUCACCUGUCACCUUCACUGACUACAUCCAGCCGGUCUGCCUGGCAGCAGUGGACAGCACCUACUACGCUGGCACUGAUAGCUGGGUCACCGGAUGGGGCGAUAUCAAUAGUGGUGUGCCCCUUCCCUCACCUGGGACCCUACAGGAGGUGACUGUGCCGGUAGUGGGGAACAGGGAGUGUAGCUGUCUCUAUGCUGGAUUUAGUUCAAUCACAAACAAUAUGAUCUGUGCUGGUCUACUGAGUGGAGGAAAAGAUUCCUGUCAGGGAGACUCUGGGGGGCCAAUGGUGAGCAAACAGGGUCUGGUCUGGAUCCAGUCUGGGGUUGUGAGUUUUGGACAAGGCUGUGCCGAAGCAAAUUUCCCAGGAGUGUACACCAGAGUGUCCCAGUACCAGACCUGGAUCAACAGCCAGAUCAGCACUGACAUGCCAGGCUUCGUCACCUUCUCCUCCAGUGGGACUGACUCUGAUCUCAAUGUCACCUGUAAUGCACUGUCCAGUGGGGUCACUCUUCUCCCUCUCUCCUUUUCUCGUCUUUCUCUAUCUCUUCCAAUAGAGGACACACUAAAAGUGGAUGCUUAA